ACCAAGGUAGUUGACCACACGACUCAUCAACAAACUCACCAGAUUCCGUCCUCACCAUGAUCUCCGCAAUCAUCCUCGUGAUAAUCACCAUCUUCCUGCCACCAGUCGGCGUCUUCCUCGUCGCAGGCUGCGGCGCAGACCUCUUCAUCAACAUCUGCCUGACUCUUCUAGGCUACUUGCCAGGUCACAUUCACGCGUUCUACAUCGAAUACGUCUACUACUCUCGCAAAGAGCAAGCAGAGCAAGGCUACUACAGCGAACGACCUGCGCCUGGAGUCUACAGCGACAACGUACAGACGGGCGGCGUCCGAGGUUAUGGCACAAUAGCACCACAAGGACCUCCACCACAACAUUAGAUCGGAGCAUACGAUGCGACGUAUGCAGCGACAAUCGCAACGAUGAGGACAACGUGGAGGCUGAGUUGGAAUGGAAUAUGGAAUGUUUAUGACGUUAGGAUAAGGUUGGGUCCAUACGAGAUUGAUUAGUGAACGACGAAGACUCUAUACCAGGAAGCAGGCUGGAUGCUGGGGAGGGAGACUGCUUCACGGCGUUUGGCUUUGAGAUACCCAUCAGUGUUAUGACCAGCAUGACUUUUGAGCUUUUGCUGAUGUAUGAA